AGACAGACCGCCAUUCUAAACCUUCAGUGCUAUUCUUUGGUUAGCCUGUUUUUUUUCGCGACACUAUCGUAAUAAAGAAAACUAUUUCUCAAAACCAUACACGUUUUUUACAGGUGACACCGUCCAGCAAGUUUUGCCGUGGUCCGUUGUUUAACAGUCCGCUGGGCUGUCUACAAAAUCGCCGUCGUCAGCUGCCGGUGCUGCCUAUUGUGCUCUUGCCGUUAAAAUACAGUAUUUCACAUUCGUCAGACGCUACAAAGCUAAGACUAAAGCUCCACGCACUCUCCGGACCAUGGCAGUCGAGCUGCGGCGCCCCCACGCGGCUUUGGGCUGUCUGCUCUUCUUUUACUACCUGACCGGUGGCCUGUCCAUCCCGGACCCGAGACAAAGAGAGGCCCUUAUACAGCUGGAGGCCUCCAUGCGGACAGGUGGGCAGAUGGUGCUGGCUGACGCUGAACAGCGGCUGGACUCUCUUCUUUUUAAAAUGAAACAGAAGGAGAUGGCGAGACCAGACUGCCCUCCCACCAUGCACUUCUUCAAGGCCAGGCACCUCAUCAGGACCAGUCCCAUCUUCAGCCUGCUGCAGAAGAUGCCUAAAGGCGGAGCUCUCCAUGUCCACGACUUCUCUAUGGUCGACAUAGAGUGGCUGGUAAAGAACGUGACCUAUCGGCCCCACUGCUACAUUUGCUUCACCGACAACCAAUCCGUACGAUUCAUCUUCUCGGCUCGAUGGCCCAAUCCUCUGCCGCAUUGUUCUCCCUGGGCCCUGCUGGAAAACCUCAGGGCCAAGGUGAUCAACACCACAGAUCUGGACAACAGCAUCAUGGGCAACCUGACGCUCUUCACAGAUGAGGAUCCAGAAGCAAUGUACCCCAGUCAGGAUGAGGUAUGGGAUAGGUUUGAACAGACCUUCCUUGCAGUGUGGGGUCUGGUCACAUAUGCCCCCGUGUUCAGGGACUAUUACUACCAAGGCCUCACGCAGUUCUACAUGGACAACGUCAUGUAUUUAGAACUACGGGCUUUACUCCCAGAGAUAUAUGAAUUGGAUGGCAGCACUCACGACACAGCCUGGACCCUGAAGACCUACCAGGAGGUCACUAGACAGUUCACAGCAAACCACCCAGACUUCUAUGGAGCAAGAAUCAUCUUCACAGUCCACAGGGGACGAAAUAUAUCCAUGGUGACUGAAGGUGUGGAGGAGGCUAUGAAGCUACAGAGAGACUUCCCAGAUAUCAUGGCUGGCUUUGACCUGGUGGGCCGCGAGGACACAGGCACACCGCUGUGGUACUUCAGAGAUGCCUUAUCACUUCCAGUAGAUCGAGGCAUCACACUUCCUUUCUUUUUCCAUGCUGGAGAGACAAAUCUCGAGGGCACAGAGGUCGACCAGAACAUAUUGGAUGCUCUUUUGUUCAACACUUCACGUGUUGGCCACGGAUUUGCUCUGCUUCGCCACCCAGUGGCCAAAGAUCUAUCCAGGAAGAGAGGGGUGGCUGUGGAAGUUUGCCCCAUCUCCAACCAGGUGUUGAAGUUGGUAAAUGAUAUGCGAAACCAUCCAGCAGCUGCUCUGAUGUCAGAGAACCACCCAUUGGUCAUCAGUUCCGAUGACCCCGCCAUAUUUGGUGCCUCUGGCCUCUCAUAUGACUUCUAUGAAGCUUUUGUGGGCUUUGGUGGGCUUACAUCCCACAUAGGCUCCCUCAAACAGUUGGCCAUAAACUCUAUCAGGUACAGUUCUUUGACUCCAAAGCAACAGGAGCAAGCCUUGGCUCUGUGGCAGAGAAGAUGGAAUAAGUUUGUCUCUGAAAAUGCCUCUUAGAAAGAAAACCGUAGCAUUGUCUUUAGGACAAUCUUCAAAUGACUUCAUACCUCCCUUGAGAAAGGAAGGCCUUUUGGCAUAGGUGAAUGGAAAGUGUAAACAGUGUUGCACAGGUGAGUGGGUUUUUGGUAGGAGCAAAAAUGGGACAACAAAAGGCAUUUCAACAUGUCACUGUAGGAAAAGCACAGGGGUAAACAAGGAAAUUAAUGAUGAUUCAUCUAGUGUGAAACAGGCCUGAGCUAUCUCUGAUAAAAUUUUAGAUGAUUACAAUUUUCAAUGUAUUUGCACUUGAAGAUUCAGGUUUGCCAAGGUUUUUGGGGGAUAGUAACAGUGCCAGACAGCAUUGUUCCCUGGCUGAGGUGCUAAAUGCUCUUUGAUCUCUCUUUGUAGUGUGUUUGUGGUUUGCUUUGUAAGAGUGUAAUAGGUAGCUCAUUGAAAUGGGAGUUAAAUCACGUAAGUUUUGAAACACUAUUCUUCUGGAUGGAGAUAUAGAUAUAUAGAUAUAGAU